AUGUUGGGUGUGAUUCGUGAGCUUGCCAUUGGUGGCAUUGACAGUUCAAUUCAAGGAAAUGGCGGAGAAGAAUGCAUGAAUUAUCUUCCGGGUUGGCAACGAUUUUUGGAAUCUGUCAUCUUCAUUCCACUGUCAUUGUACUCUGCAUACAUCUCUCUGCCCCUUGAUUGUUCAUUUCGAUUCCCUCCAAAAACCAUUUCAAGAUACACUAUUCUUCUCGCGUACAGUUUAAUAUUUGGGGCUGAGCUUGCCUAUAAAAUGAUAUCCAGUACCGGCGUCUUUUUGCUAAACCCUUGCCAUGUAACAACCACAAUGCAAUUGAUACUGCUCACAAUGGAAGGAAAAUCGAAAUUUGCUUGUUUCUUGUUUCGCUUGAUGCUUUAUUUCAUGCCCGGUGCUUGGUUCGCCUUGGCGUUUCCGAUUCUCAACACGAGAAAUCUUCCUGGAGAAGUUUUCAUCUACUACGCGCAACACAUCGCUAUUCUCAUCGUGCCGGUUUAUCUAAUGUACAUACAAGGAUCGUUCGAGCCGGAAAAAUCGCACGAUUUUGCUUGGACCGUUUUCGGCGUUUCCGUUUUCUCGUUGUACCACUUUGUGGUUCUUCAAUGCGGAGCAAUGAUGACGCGCGUGAAUCUGAACAAUAUAAUGUGUCCAGCCGUCUCGGAUCCGUUCCAGUCUCGCGCCUACCGUGUCAUCGCCGUCGGCCACCAAUGCAUUCUCAUUCCAAUUCUCUCCAAGACCUAUUCAGCAAUGUCAUUGGCAGUUGUCGACUUCAUCAGAUCGUUUUACGAAACUGAUCUUCAUCCUAGAAACGUGUGUAAAAUCGUUGAGCCGCCACCAUCGCUACCGCCGAGUGUUGAGCAAAAGAAAACAUGCUGA